AACCCUUCUCACAAGUUAGUUACCUUUCAAUUCUUCAUUUUUUUCUGUAUAAAAUACUCUUCCCAUUUUUGCUAUAAAUAAUUGCUAUUCCAACCGCACAUUACCACUCAUUACUGACAGUUUCUCUUCAUUCACAAACCAGAAACCAAUUCAUUCUUUCACCAUCUUGCUUUCAACUCUCAAAGGAUAUUUUCUCUAAUAUCUUUGAACCUUCAUCAUCAUCAACAACAAGAUCACCAUGGAUAUUGCUCAUUUUGUAUUUGGAAUAUUUGGAAACGCUUUUGGCCUUUUUCUCUUCUUGGCUCCAAUAAUCACUUUCAAGAGGAUCAUUGUGAAGAAAUCAACAGAGAAAUUUUCUGGCGUUCCAUACAUUAUGACACUUCUCAACUGUCUUCUUUCUUCUUGGUAUGGUUUACCAUUUGUGUCACCACACAACAUACUAGUAACAAUAAUCAAUGGAACAGGAGCAGUAAUUGAAAUCAUAUAUGUUUUCAUCUUCAUCCUAUAUGCACCAAAAAAGGAGAAGCUGAAAAUAAGUGGCUUAUUUGCUUUUGUGAUAACAGUAUUCUCAGCUGUUGUUUUCAUUUCACUGUUUGCUCUGCAUGGUAAUUCAAGGAAAGUGUUUUGUGGUUUUGCUGCUGCUAUAUUUUCAAUCAUUAUGUAUGGUUCACCUCUCUCAAUUAUGAGAUUGGUGAUCAAAACAAAAAGUGUGGAGUUCAUGCCAUUCUUCCUUUCACUAUUUGUGUUUCUAUGUGGUACCUCUUGGUUCAUCUAUGGUGUACUAGGUCGUGAUCCAUUUAUUGCUGUACCGAAUGGUGUAGGGUCAGCAUUGGGGACAUUGCAACUAAUAUUGUAUUUGAUAUAUCGUGGGAAUAAAGGGAAAAAUGGAAAAACAACAACAGAAGAAGAAUCAAUGGAAAUGGGCACCGCAAAACCAAUGGGAGGAGAAGAACUCAAAGGGGACACGCCUAAGGACACGUGUUAGUUUAGAACAUGUAGAACAUUAACCUCGGUUAUGUUUGUCUCACAACAAUUAAGUUUCAGUUUAUUUUGUAUUCUAUCAUCAAUGGUUUGUUUGUAUUUUACUUCUAGAGUAUUAAUCGAAAAAACUAGAAUUGUGUUUCACUUUUCA